GGUAACGGCGGACGAAGGCCUCGGUGUGCGCGUGUGCAGUGAGCAGGAGCGCCCUCUGGCGGCUGUUGGCAGGGUGGCUGGGCGGGGAAGCGAGCUGGGGGCCGUGGGCUCCUCGGGACUUGGUGUGAGGGCACUGGCAGUUUCUGCCCUGCUCGGCAACAGGGUGCCCUUGGCAGAGGAGGUGUCGGGUGGCUCACUGCGGUGCAGGGACGCGGGAGGCCGGUACUGCCGAGAGGGCAGUGAGGUUGACGGGCGGAUCUUGCAGCUGUAGCCGGUAACCGGUGGGCGAGAUCCAGGAUGAGGAGCCGCAGUAAUUCCGGGGUGCGGUUGGACUAUUACGCCCGGUUGGUGAACAACACCAUCCUGUGUCACCAGAAUUCUGUAACAGGAUUACUGCCUGCUAGUGUUGAUCAGCACCAUGCCUGGGUGCGUGAUAACGUAUAUAGCAUCCUAGCAGUCUGGGGUCUAGGAAUGGCCUAUCGCAAAAAUGCUGACCGCGAUGAAGAUAAAGCAAAAGCUUAUGAGCUCGAGCAGAGUGUUGUGAAACUGAUGCGUGGAUUGCUACAUUGCAUGAUGAAACAGAUAAAUAAAGUUGAAAAAAUUCAAGCAGACCCUAAGCACAAAAGAUGCACUUCACGCAAAAUAUAAUAACAUAACAUGUGAUACGGUGGUUGACGAUGAUAAAUGGGGUCACUUGCAGAUUGAUGCCACCUCCCUUUACCUGCUUUAUCUUGCACAAAUGACUGCAUCAGGGCUUCAUAUAAUUUUUACUUUGGAUGAAGUGAAUUUUAUACAGAACCUUGUAUUUUAUAUUGAAGUAGCCUACAAAGUUGCAGACUAUGGGGAUGUGGAACGUGGUGACAAGACUAACAGAGGAAUUCCAGAGCUCAAUGCCAGUUCUGUAGGUAUGGCCAAAGCAGCUCUGGAAGCACUUGAUGAACUGAACCUCUUUGGUGCUAAUGGAGGUCCCAGAUCAGUCAUUCAUGUCAUGGCUGAUGAAGUGCAGCUUUGCCAAUUUAUCCUGCAGUCAAUGUUGCCAAGAGCAUCAACAUCUAAAGAGAUUGAUGCUGGUCUCCUGUCAGUUAUCUCUUACCCAGCUUUUGCAGUGGAAGAUGUUGAACUUAUUGAGUUAACUAAGCAAGAGAUCAUCACAAAGCUACAAGGUCGUUAUGGCUGCCGUCGGUUUCUCAGAGAUGGUUAUAAAACUCCAAAUGAGGAUCCUUCCAGACUUUAUUAUGAAAAUGCAGAACUGAAGUUGUUUGAGAACCUAGAAUGUGAAUGGCCAUUGUUCUGGACAUAUCUGAUACUUGAUGCAUUGUUCAAUAAGAACACAGAGCAGGUUGAAGAGUACAGGGAAGCUCUGAAUGGAAUUCUUGUCCUGCGCCCAGGUGGUAUUCGUUUAGUACCAGAACUUUAUGCUGUUCCAGCUGAUAAGAUGAACGAAGAGUACCAAAACCCUCACAGUGUCUCAAGGGUCCAUAUGGGGAAGUUGCCACAUAUGUGGGGACAAUCCUUGUAUAUACUAGGAUGUCUCGUCGCAGAAGGGUUUCUUGCUGCUGGUGAAAUUGAUCCACUGAACAGAAGAUUUUCCACUGUUCCUAGACCAGAUGUUGUAGUACAAGUGGCAAUAAUAGCAGAAUCUGUGGGAAUAAAGGACGUCUUGGAGAAGCAUGGAAUCAGCGUUGAAACUGUAUCAGAAGUUUUACCAAUCCAUGUACAGCCAGCUCGUAUUCUUUCUCAGAUCUAUGCAAGACUAGGUUGCAAUAAAAGAAUGGCAUUGAGUGGUCGGCCUUACCGGCACAUGGGUAUUCUUGGCACAUCAAAGUUGUAUAUUAUACGGAAUGAGAUCUUUGCUUUCACUCCUCAGUUUGUUGAUCAGCAGCAGUUCUAUCUUGCUCUUGAUAAUGGAAUGAUAGUCGAUAUGCUUCGAACAGAGUUAUCAUUUUUGUGUCGUUGCUGGAGAAAGACUGGGCGGCCCACUGUUACAUUCCCAAUUUUACAGUCCAUGCUUGUUGAUAAUGGAACUAGUUUGGAUCCACAUGUUCUCUCAACAUUGAGGAAACUACAAGAUGGAUACUUUGGAGGAGCCAGAGUUCAUGCAGCCAAAUUGUCAACAUUGCUAGUAACCUCAUGCUGCACACAACUCAGUUUUAUGGAUGUUGGACCCGAUGACGUUUCUCUCUAUCUACCCAACCGUUUGUUAUCUGAAUCACAUUACAGACUCAAUCUUGUAUCUGCAUCCUCAAACUCAGGCAGUCCAGAGUUUUCAUCAAUGACCUCAAAAGACUUGCCUAAAGAUGAAUCUGGUGAAGUAGACUGUAAAGCCUUGAUGGAACAGUUGAAAAAGUGUCAAAGCUUACAAGAACAGGUUGAAAUAAUCCACUUAAUCUAUGUCAUGAAGGGUAUAGAUUGGAAUGUACAGCAAGAGGAUCAUCCUGAUUUGACUGUCCAUGACCUCUUAAUGGAGCUGUACACAAAAGCUGGUAACGAACAGCAUUGGGGACUAAUCCGUUAUAUUUCUGGUAUGCUCCAUAAAAAGGUUGAAGAACUUGAUGAGGCCUGCACAGCCCUUUUGUCAAAUCAGAAGCACCUGACUGUUGGCCUUCCUCCUGAACCACGUGAGAAAACAAUUUCAGCACCCUUGCCUUCUGAUGAACUUACUAAACUGAUUGAAGAAGCUAGUGAACACAAUAACAGUUUGUUCAUCCUCACGCAGGAAGUCAUGGUUUAUCUGGCAAUGUAUGCGAGAACAGAACCCAAUCUGUUUGCUGAAAUGUUUCGACUGCGUAUUGGAUUAAUUAUUCAAGUCAUGGCAACUGAAAUGGCCAAUUGUCUCAACUGUUCAGGUGAAGCAGCAACUGAAAGUUUAAUGUCUGUGAGACCGUCUGACCUGAAGAUACUUCUUCACCAUGUCUUGAGUGGAAAGGAAUUUUCAGUUGCGGAAAACAUUGAUCCUUCUACAAGAAAACAUAUAUCUAUCCAUGGUGUGGAUCAUGCUGGAGCAACGAAAAGUGAACGGGCUGGAAUUAGUAAACUAAAGCUUGAGAUGAUGCAAAUGGAUAAGCGUAGAUUUUCUGCUGGUGUAACCAAUACUGAGACGGGAACUUUGAAGUCAGUGGACAAAUCUGAUGAAUUACAAGAGCAUACACUUAAGAUGCCUGAAUCUAUCGGUCUUGAUCCAUGGCAAGGUAGUGAUCAAGGAGACACACGCCAGGGACAGUGGUUGCGGCGACGGCGCAUCGAUGGUGCACUCAACAGAGUCCCUGUUGGUUUCUAUCAACGAGUUUGGAAAAUAUUACAAAAGUGUCAAGGGCUGACAAUUGAAAAUUACAUUCUCUGGUCAUCUACAACUGAAGAGAUGACUCCUGGUGAAAUUAAGUUUGCUGUUCAGGUGGAGACUUUCCUAAAUUGUGUGCCACAGCCAGAAUAUCGGCAACUUCUCGUGGAGGCGAUCCUUGUACUGACCACAUUGGUGGAUGUAGAUAUACAGAACAUUGGUAGAACAAUUCAUAUUGAGCACAUCGCACACAUAGCAAAUAACUUAUUUGUGGAGGAGCAGACAGCUUUGGGAGCCAAUGAUGAAAUGCUAGAGAAGGAUAAAGCCACUGGGAUUUGUAAACUGCUUUAUGACAGUGCUCCAAGUGGUCGCUUCGGUACCAUGACUUAUCUUUUGAAGGCUGCAGCCAUAUACAUGGAAGAUUUCUUACCAGAUGACGGGUGCCAAGUGCAGUAAGCUGAUCAUUAAGUUUAUUGGCUCAGAUUAAAUUGCAAGACUGAGCACCAAGAAGCACAAUGAAAAUUGGAUGUUACCCGACACUAAUAAUCCAGAAACUUUGUUCACUCACAGUUGCAAAGAAGAAAUGACUGUGAAUGAAAUACUUGUAUCAAUUAAAUCUUCCAGGGACGCAUGACCUAGUGUAUUUUUUUUGAACCCCCUAUUGUUUGGUAGAGACUGAGGAAGAUCUGAGAUUUUAUAUAAAUCUUUUAAGUGAAUGGUAAAUGCAGAAAAAUUGCAUCAUUAAAUAAAGCAAAACUUUAUGCAUGGCUUUAUUGCAGACUAUUAAGCUCAAAAUUCAAUUAAUUUGUGCUAAUGGAUGACUUUUCUAGUCCUGUAUAAACUUAUUAGGACGGAAAGUAUGGUACAUGAAAUGAAAACUAUGUAUUUUCGAUGUAAACUAAUAUAUAAACAGUAAAAUUACUUCAACGUCACUUCCCAUCAUAAUGUUUUCAGUGUUGCAUAGCAUACUGAAUUUGCAUUAAGAAUACAUAGUUCUCAUAAGUUGGAGAAAAGUAAACCCCAGGAACAAAUAAAGCAAUGUAAUGAAAAAGUGUUUUUUCCUCACUGACAAGGACAACAUAGAUUUUGGUCCUGUAGUUUGUAUUUCCUUUUUAUUUAUAUUUUUUAAAAGAAAUUUACACGUUGACAACAAUGAUCAUUGUAACACAUCUGCCUUAUCUUAAUCUAUAAGAAACUCUUUUAGAAGUCAAGUACAGUUUAAAAAUCAAUUAGAACAGAAUCUUUCGUUUAUUUUGGCAAUAUACUUGUUAUCUUUGCCAUUUGCUCAACGAUUUUCUUGUGGAUGAGCUGUUUAACGUAUAAAUAUGCCUUUAUCAUUUGCACACAAGGACGCUCAAGCCUGUGGAACUUCAGAAUGAUUUACAACUGCAUUCACGAGGCAGCUCAGUUACUUGGAAUGCCAGAUGUGCACUCAACAAUUGCAUAAACUUUUGUGUUUGAGUAUUAUAGCAAAGGGGUAAAAAGUAGAAUGGAAGCUGAGAGUGCAGAGCAAGCUGUUUUAGAUGAUACUUCUGAAUAUGAUAUCUUCAUAUCUACAAUGGCCUUGAAAACUGCAUCAUAUUCUAACAAGAUAUCAAUUAUACUUCACUUAAUUCAACCUACUUCAAUACUUUAUCUAUCCUCAGGGAAAAUCUAGAUCAGUUACUAAAAUAUUUUAUUAAAACAGCAAAUUAAUUUUUUUUUGUUGUGCUAAUAGUUUUAACUGAUAUUAUUUUACCUGAACAAUUAUUUGCAUAUAUAUAAUGGAGUUCUGUUGUUGUCUUCCUAAAUUUUUGUGUUGCCUUGCAAAUCUAUGCCCAGUUCCAUGUUUGAAAUUCUCUAAUUGGUUUCUGCACUGGCACAGCACUGUAAGAGCACCAAUCAAAGUCUUUCUCUGUUACUGUGAUGCAUAAUCCAUUUUUGACCUAGUUUAUGAUGUAGUUAACAAAUACAUCCUUCUACACCUCUUACCUGUUGUCAGUAGGAUGAGGUAACCUUACCCGAUUUUACCCAAUGGUGUGGCUUGAAAAUCCCUUGUCAGUGCUUUUUCCAGUUCUGCAAUGUCACUUUUGAAAUCUCUAUGGAUCAAUCCUUGUCCACACACAAGCUUCUCUCCAGAUGGCCUGUCAACAACAUCAAAGAUAUGAAAUCCAGUUCCACUUAAUGUUCAUCACACCUUACUAAGGAUACACUUGCCUUGGAGGGGUACAGUGCUAGAAAGAUAUGGAAGUUAAAUUACGAUGGUCAAUUACAGAGACCGAGUCUGUGCUCCCUUGAGAUAGGAAAAUUAAUGGACAAUAUAAUUGAUAAUUAAACGAGCUGAUUUUUGUCUUUGUGGCACCCUUAUGUACUGGGAUGGCAGAACCAGCAUAAGGGAGAGAUUGGGUCAGUUUAGCCUAUAUUCAUUGUAUUAUAGAAGAAUGACAGGGGGUAUCAUAGAAAAUUAUAACAGGUUUAGACAGACCAGAUACAGGGAGGGUGUUCCUGACAGCUGGAGAGAGCAGAACCAAGGGUCACAGUGUCAGGAUAAUGUGGCAAGCCAUUUAGAAUUGAGAUCAGGAGAAAUUUCUUCACCCAUAUGGUGGUGAACUUAUGAAAUUCUCUAGCAAUGGAGACCAAGUCAUUAAAUAUAUACAAGAAGGUGGCAUAUCUAUUUUUUAAUGUCAAAAAGAUCAAGAGAAAUGGAGAGAAAAUGGGAAUGGGAUAUUUAAAUGGAUGAUCAGCCAUGAUUGUGUCGAAUGGUGGUGCAGGCCUAAAGGCUGAAUGGCUUAUUCCUGCUCCUAUUUACUAUGUUUCUAUGUCUAUGUCUUUGUUGAGGAAUUCAGAACAAUUAGAGCUAGGCUACUCAGGGAUUAUGGGUUCUUCAAAGAACUUAUUUUUUCUUCCCUAUCCCUCCACAUAAAAAUGAAGCCAACAGUGAGAGCAAUUGAAAACUUAAUGCUAAUUUUAUCAUAACUCAAAGCCUUUUUUGCAGUUAUUUGGACCUUUUUGAAGACCACUACUUAUCCAUCAUGCAAAGAAUCAUUUAUGUAGUUCUCUGAAACUUUUCCAAGACCACUAUUAAGGGUGAUGGUGCAUUCAAUCCUGACCUCUCUGAGAAGCUUGCGCAUUCUCCUGUGACCACAAGGGCUUCCUCCUACAUCCAAAGAUAUGUAGAUCGGUAAGUCAAUUGGCCUUUGUAAAUUUUAGUGUGGAAGUGGCCAUUAGAAACUGGGGGGGAGUUGAUGGGAAUAUGGAGAGAGGGAUUAGUCUAAAUAGAUGCUUGAUGGCCGAUGCAGACUCAGUGAGCCAAAGGGCCUGUUUCUGUGCUGUAUGAGUGUCCUGUGACCCUUGUAUCUAUUCACCAAACUGAACACAAUAUAGCACUGUGUUUUAUGUAAUACAAUACCCUCAAGUUCAUCAAUGGAUUUACUGUAUUGAACAUGAACCUUUGG